UUGUGUGUCUGUGGGGUGCAGUGCUGCUGUGUCGUUGUGUCGCUGCAAGACGGCACCCUGAUACUCUCUACAGGUUGUGCUUGUGGUUACGAGGGCCCAUCAUUCUACGGAAGGAACAGAUGGCCUUGCAGCCCAGGUAGCAGGAACACAGGCCGCGGAGCUUCCCCGCAAGAUUUGUUCUCGAUCACGCACAAACAAUAGCAGCAGGCCGUAACAGCAGCAGCAGCAGCGACCAUCGAGGAAAAUGGAGCCCCCUCGUCAUGGAGACUCCAGCAGCAGCAGGCUGGAGUCGAGAUAUCUCCUUGUUCUACCGGUUUUGUUCUAUGAGUUCCUGGCGCUGGCGCUGAUUAGAGGUUUGUUGCCCACGCUGAUGCUGGACUUCUGGGGCAAGUGGACGUACACCGUGAUCGGCGUGAUCGACACGGGCAAGGGGUUGCUGGCGUUCGUAGCGUGUCCCAUGUUCGGGAGGCUCAGCGACGUGAUCGGUCGAAAGAAGUGCCUCUUCGUGACGGUGCUGGGAACGGCCUCCCCGGUGAUCGCGCUGUGCAUCUCCAACAACCUCUGGAUCUUCGCCGGGGCCGCGGCCUUUUCCGGAUGCUUCGCAGCGACGUUUCCGUUGGUGUUUUCUUACAUCGGAGACCUCGUGCCCCCCCGGCGGAGAGCACCCGCGUACGGCCUGGCUCUGGCGACGUUCGGCCUGUCAUUCUCCCUGGGGCCGGCCAUGGGGGCGUACAUCGCUCUCCAUCACGGAAACGAAGCCGUUUUCCUGUGCUCCGUCCUGCUCAUCGGCAUCGACCUUGUCUUCAUCGCGGUUUACCUGCCGGAGUCGUUGGGGGCGGGGGAAGAGCUGGAGUUUGAGGGGGCGGGGGGGGAGGAGGCGGGAGGGGGGUUGAGGAAGGAGUUACAGCGUUCGAGAACAGCAUCGUACGGCGGCGGGGACGCGUUGGGCGCGUUUCAGUGGAACCCUCUGGCGUCUCUAAAAGCCUUCUCGGGAAACCCUCUCCUCAAGACAACGGCCAAGAUAACGCUCCUCUACUACACUAGCGUGUGGGCGGUCGUGUCCACCCUGAUGGUUUACGUCGCGAGACAGUUUCAGUUUGGGCCGGUCAAGAUCGGGCAACUGCUGAGCGCGUUCGGCGUGUGCACCAUGUUCGCGGAGGGCGUGCUGGUGAGAUGGAUGGUGCCGAAGCUCGGGGAGAAACUCACCCUCCAGAUCGGGCUCCUCGGCUUCGCUGCGCAGUGCGUGCUGCUGGGCCUGGCGCACUCGGAGUGGAUGGUUUUCGCGAGCAUGGGCGGGUCGUUGCUGAGCAACCUGGUCUACCCGUCCAUCUCGAGCCUCAUCUCCCGGUCGGUGGCCACCUCCAAGCAGGGCGAGGUCCUCGGGGCGAUCAACGGGGUCCGCGCGCUCACCGAGGGCUUCGGCCCCCUGCUGUUCUCGUGCCUGUUCUGGUACACGGAGGACACCUUCCUGCCCGGGUGCCCCUACCUGAUCGCCGCGGUGGUGUGCCUCGCGGCGCUGCUCCUCUCGUACGAGAUACCGGACGCGAUCGACGACGAGGACUCGGGGCUGCUGCUGGGCACCUUCGGGAAAGACUUGCCGGAGGGGGGAGAGGGAGCGGAGGAGAUGGUGGCGCUCUUGGCGUCGGACGGAGAUUCUAGUGACGAUGGUGGGGGUGGCCGUGAGGAGGGGGAGGGGGCACCGAGAGGGGGCGGUGCCGCAUCGAAGCGACAGGAGUUGUGA